AUGGUGAACGUUGGUGCGUCGGCAAGCUUUGCAGCGUACAGCCUCCCAGGAGCAUCCUUCUUGCACGCGAGACACUGUGAAGCGUCGUUUGUCACUUUUGAUGACCGCGAGCUCGAACCGUUCAGCGAUGGCACUCGCUUUGACUGCUUUGCGGCAGCUUUUCGCAUCCGCAAACUCCGUUCCAACGGUAAGCUGAUGUUCCGCCAAAAUAUGCGUCGAGAAGUAUUGAGGUAG